CCAACUAUACCAACCGCCCCUUUUCUCUCACCAUUUUGUACCGUAAGCUACGCCAAAGCAACAUAAAGAAACUAAGACAGAGGGAAAAAAAAGUUCCAAUCUUUGACAAAGACAGAGAAAAAUAAGUGUAAAUUUUUGCAAAGAAAAAAAAAAAUUUGGUUGCAGUGGAAAAAUAAAAUCCAUUGUGAAGAUUCUUUAAUUUUCUCUGACAAUUAAUCAAAAGAUAACAUGCAUAUCACGAAUUGGGUUUUCUAGCACAAUUUGUUGACUUUUUAUCACUAUGCAAAUGGUUGGAGAUGGAAAUUUUUCUGUUUUCUCAGCUGAGCAGAAUCAUUAGUGGAUGGCUAGAGAUUCACAAUUUUCAGGGGAAAAAUCCCAUCUUGAAAUGGGAUCACUAGAAGGAAGAGCGGUACUUCAGCUUGAGGAUGAGACUCUUGCGGACUCUAAGCAUAAUGAUAGGAAGACAUCUUCUAUGGAUGCCGCUCCUCAGAUAUCCGUUUUUGAUACUGAUACAGAUGAUGUCAGUUGUAAAUGUACGUGGAAUAGUAUACUAAGGCAGAUGCACAUAGUUUUGUUCUCCAAGAAGUUAAACCUACUUAUUCCGUGUGGUCCUUUAGCAAUGCUCGUUGAUAUGUUAACUGAUCAUCACGGAUGGAUCUUUUUUCUUAGCUUGUUAGGAAUCAUACCCCUUGCAGAGCGUUUAGGUUGGGCGACAGAGCAGCUGGCUUUCUAUACAGGACCAACAGUUGGAGGACUUUUAAAUGCAACUUUUGGCAACGCAACAGAGCUAAUAAUAUCAAUGUAUGCACUGAGAAGGGGUAUGAUUCGGGUGGUUCAACAGUCAUUAUUAGGAUCAAUACUGUCGAAUAUGUUACUAGUGCUUGGAUGUGCAUUUUUUGCUGGUGGAAUCGCUCAUUCUACUAAGGACCAGCUUUUUGACAAGGGAAUUGCAGUGAUGAAUUCGGGGUUGCUCCUAAUGGCAGUGAUGGGCCUACUGUUCCCUGCUGUCCUACAUUUUACACACACUGAGUUGCAUUUUGGGAAGUCAGAGCUGGCACUUUCCCGGUUUAGCAGCUGCGUAAUGCUUGUAGCAUACGGUGCAUACCUGUUUUAUCAGCUGACUAGUCAGAAUAGUUUUUACAUGCCACUUGCUGAGGAAGGGGGUGAGAAUGACGAGAGCCUAGAAGAGGAAGAAGCUCCUGAGAUAUCAAAAUGGGGGUCAAUUAUAUGGCUUUCGAUUUUGACACUAUGGAUCGCAGUCUUGUCAGGAUACGUGGUUAAUGCCGUAGAGGGGGCAUCAGUUGCUAUGAGUAUUCCUGUGGCAUUUAUAAGUGUCAUACUGCUACCGAUUGUUGGAAAUGCAGCUGAACAUGCUGGUGCUGUCGUGUUUGCAGUCAAAGACAAGCUUGACAUCUCUUUGGGAGUAGCAAUAGGCUCAUCAACGCAGAUUGCCAUGUUUGGGAUCCCCUUCUGCGUGGUGGUUGGAUGGAUUAUGGGUCGUCCUAUGGAUUUGAAUUUUCAGUUAUUUGAAACAGCCACGCUUUUCAUGAGUGUCCUUGUUGUAGCAUUCAUGCUGCAGGAUGGAACUUCCAAUUACUUUAAAGGACUCAUGCUCCUUCUUUGCUAUUUGAUAGUCGCUGCAAGCUUCUUUGUGCAUAUAGAUCCAGAGGCUAUACAGGACAAGCCCAAAAAAACAUAACAGGUGGUUUCAGAUCAUGUAGACCUGCUAAAGCUGAAGGGCCAUAAUACAAAUUAGAGUUGCAUAUAUAUAUAAAAAAAAGAGCCAUUUCUUCAAGUUUUGGCCACUCUGAGCUGUAUAUAUUAACAACAAUUCAACUGUUGAUGAUGCUCAGAGUUCUGUAUUACUAGCAUCUGUGUUCAGUUGAAAAGUAUAUGUUGUUCUCUUAGUUUUGUGUGGCAGCUGCUGAUUUUUUUAUUUUUUUUUCGCCUCGAAAAUGGCUGGAUAGUAAAGAAAUUUUUGUGUUAUAUAUUCCUAGUAGGAAAAAAAAAAGAAUCUUGUCAAAAGCAGAAUGUGUUGUUUUUGACGAUGUAUCAUGAAAGUUAAAUCAUUCAUUGAUUACUUUGUAAUUUGUAAUAUCUAAAUGAUAUCUUUUUUUGCUUUUGUA